CUGUUCUGGUGUCAGGGACACAUUUAGUAGCGUUGGGACUUCAAACCCGUCCAGUCUCGCGACUCUUUGUGCUUCCCCAGAAAACAUUAAAAAAUAAUUAAAAUAUUUUUUAUUUUUUCAUACAUUUAUUCCCAUGGCUCCUCUUCAGCAAGUGUCAAGACACGGCGGGCCAAACAAGUGUUUUGGUCUUUUCCAGAGUGCGCUGGAGUGCAUGACCAGCUCCACCACGGCCGACAGAACAGAGUGCUUGCCGCUUCGCCAGGACUACAUCGAGUGUCGCAAACACCGUCUGGAGACGUACAAGAUGUUCAUUGUGGAGAAACACCUCAACGAGCGCGAGGACCUGGACAGAGACGAGGUCGGGGCGCCAUACCUGAAGAGACGGGACUUUCUGACGCCAAAGACGCUCGGACUGGCCGACGGAGAGGACCGGCCGAUCCUCAUUCACAAAUUCUAGGCUGGUGAGGGGAAGCCAAAUACUCUAAAUAUUUAUUUAUUUUAUUUAUUCACACAUCUCGUUAU